AUGUCCAUCCUUCAAAAAGCAGAUCCAUCCGUCUUGCGUGACAAGCUCCGCGAGAUCAUCGCCGAGGCUGACAAAAAGGCAUCCUCCGAGGCAGCAGCAGGCAGGAUCGAGCUCAAGAGGGGCUAUUGCACCAUUCCACUGCCCGGCAUCGAUGUGCCCUUUCACUCUCGCGUCCUCAAUGGAGGUGUGCCAGAAUUUCACGCCUUCUUGUCCAAGAGGGUGGGAGACAUCAAUCCCGAUGCGCUCAUCAACAAAUACAUUCCAAACCUCGUAGCCAAGCCGUUCCAAGUGAGUGAGCAGGCGUAGCCCUCAGACGCUCUGUGUCCGCGACGACUGACCCCCCGCUCUUGCUGCUGCUGCCCCUCGUAGCUCACGAAAGAGUAUGCGCAACUCAUUCUCGACACGACAGGAUCGCCUAGACUGGAAAAGAUGCUGCAAAACUGGGACAAGGAUGGCUGGGGUACAGUCGAAAAGCGCCAACGCCUCGCCAAGGAGCUCUUGCUGUUGCUCCUGAGUCAUCAGUUCGCCAGUCCCGUCAGGUGGUCGGUAUUCAAGUGGCACGCCGCGUCCCAAUCGUCGCCGAGCUCACUCCGUAUCACUUUUGCAGGAUCGAAACGCAAGACGUCUUUUUCAACGAGCCUUACUCCUUUGAGCGCCUCGUCGAGUUCGGUCCUGCACCCACGCUGAAAGGAAUGGCACAAAAGACGGCGGGUCUGAGUGAGUGGCAUGCGCCGUAUCUUUUGGUAGCUCGCCUGCUGCUCUGCGCUGAGAUAUUGCCCCAUUCACCCAGAAUACGCCGCUGCUGACCAAGCGAAGGGCAAGCGCCGAGCCAUGUUUUGCCAUAGCAGCGACAGGGACAAGAUCUACUACAACUUUGCCGACGCUGAAGCUGAUGCCGUCGAAACCACUCCGGCUGGGCCCUCAGCGGGUGCUAUUACUCCUGCUGCUGCUCCAGCGCCGGCUGUCGCGGCUCCUGCCCCUGUCCCUGUCCCUGCUGCAGCGCCAGCCAGUGCAGCUGCAGAAGUUCCAGACGAGCCACUGAAAGCGGUGGACACUCUGCGAGUCAUUCUCGCCCAAAAACUGAAAAAGCAACUUUCGGACAUUCCCCUCUCCAAGGCCAUCAAGGACCUCGUCGGCGGCAAGUCCACUUUGCAAAACGAGCUCGUGGCUAGUCUCGGCGAAGAAUUUUCCAGCCUCCCUGAACGAGGCGAGGAGCUCCCACUCGACGAAUUGGGCGGAGCCCUGGGCGCUGGCUACAGUGGGACGAUGGGCAAGUACACAUCCGGUCUCGUCUCCCGCAUGGUCGGCGGCAAGCUUCCCGGAGGCUUCAACCUCGCCAGCGCCAAGUCGCACCUCCAGAAAGCGUGGGGAUUGGGUCCUGGUCGAACGGAUGCUGUCCUUCUCGUCUCGCUCACGCAAGAACCUCCGAAACGUCUGGGUUCCGAAGCGGAAGCAAAGGCGUUCCUCGACACUGCAGCCCAAACCUACGCUCAGCAUGCCGGUAUCACUCUCAGCCAAGGCGGUGGCAGUGCUGGCAGCUCCGGUGGAGGCGGUGGCGGGGCUACAAUCAGCGCUGAAGAGCUAGAAAAGAUCCAAGGCCGUCACGACGAGCACGCCCGCCGUCAAAUCGAAAUCCUCCAGCGCUAUCUCGGUGUGGAUGGUCGUGCUGGCCAACGCGUCGCAGAGGGCACCCGUUUAGAAGUCAAAGCUUUGCAAGAUCAGCUGGACGCCAUUUCUCGAGAGCACGGCGAAGAGUACACCAACAUGAUUCGCCCCAAAUUCGACCCGCUCAAAGCUCGCCACUUUGCAAGCUUUUGGAAUUGGUCCAGGCAAGACGCUCAGCACCUCUGGUACGACAUCAUCAGUGGGCGUCUCACAACCGUCGAUCGUGAAAUCACGCAGCGUUGUCUCAACAUCAUCUCGCGCGCAGACGACACGCUUCUUCACCUCAUGGCGUACACCAUCGAGCGCGUGGAUCCCGAGCUGGGUCCCACGUAUGCGCUCGCCAAGCAGUUCGGUCAAAUGCUGAUGGAAAAUUGUCGCGAGGCAUUGCCAAGCCCACCCAUCUACAAGGAAGUCUACGCUCCCACCGCUCCACACACCGAAAUCGGAGCCAAGGGCGAAGUCAUCUACAGCGAGGUCAAGCGCGAAGGCGUUCGCAAGCUGGAGGCGUACGUACAAGAGAUGGCGCACGGAAAGCGUGUCGGCCCGCAAGUCAACGUAGAGCUGGCAAGAGAGCAAAUGGCCAAGCUCUGGACGCUCAUCAGAAACGAGCCUAGCUUUACGAAGGUCGGCAAAACGACCAUUAAGAGCAUGUACACCGAAGUCGUGCGCUCGCUCGGACCUGCUGGCCGUCAUCCCCGCAUUCGCGGUUCGAGCAGCCGUCGCCAAUCAUCCUCCGUCGCCCACGGCUCUCGUCCUACCGUCACGCCCGAGCCAUUCAGCCUCGCUGAUGACCGCGUCCCGUACCUAAAUGUCAAGCGCAAGGUCGGAGGAGAAUGGCAGACCAGCAAGCAGCUCACAGGCGUCUACAUGACGCUCCUCGAGGACAUGGCCAAGAAUGGAGUCACAUUCCAAGGACAAAAUGCUCUGCUGACGGGUGUCGGCAAGGGUUCAAUCGCGCUCGAAGUCGCGAAAGGAUUGCUGGCUGGUGGCGCUCGAGUCAUCAUCACCACCUCGUCGUACUCUCGCGCCACUCUAGACUUUUACAAGGAAAUCUUUCAAAAGGUCGGUGCGCGAGGCUCUCAGCUCACCGUCGUGCCAUUCAACGGCGCAAGCAAAGAAGACGUCAACAGUCUGGUCACCUACAUUUACGAGUCUUUGCGCGUCGACCUCGACAUUCUCAUUCCGUUUGCCGCCAUUCCAGCAUACGGACGUGAUGUGUCGGCCAUCGACGAUCGUGCAGAAGUCGCUUUCCGCGCCAUGAUGACGAAUGUGCACCGCUUGCUCGGAGCUGUGCGCUCCGUCAAGGCGGCAAAACGCAUCAACACCAGACCUACCGUUGUCCUCCUACCCUUGAGUCCCAAUCACGGCUCCAUGGGAGGAGACGGUCUCUACUCCGAGUCCAAGAUAGGCCUCGAAACGCUCUCAAACCGCGCGAUCAGCGAAGGUUGGGCGGAGUACGUGUCCAUCGUCGGUGUCGUCAUUGGUUGGUGUCGCGGUACGGGACUGAUGGAUGCCAACAAUCAAAUCGCGGCCAAGAUUGAGGCUGCGGGUCUGCGCACAUUUAGCAGCACGGAAAUGUCGUUCAACCUGCUAGGAUGUCUCCACCCCCUGUUCAGAGCGACGGCUCAGGUGGAGCCUAUCCUUGCCGACCUGUCUGGAGGCUUCAACAGCGUGCCGGAUCUGGCCAAGCUCAGCACGAGGAUUAGGACGGACAUUGCGAAUGAGAGCGCUCGUCGUCGUGCGAUUGCAGCCGACGAUGCUGCCGACUACGUCGUCAUCAAGGGUUCUGCAGCCGAGAAGCUCCACCAGACGCGCCUCGUUCAAGCUCGCGCUCAACACUCUUUCGGCUUUCCGGCUCUGGGACCGUGGAGACCGGACGCUCUUGCCAUGCUUCGUGCACUCCCGGCUCGCGUUUGA